AUGAAGACCCCACCCGAGAAACGUUGGAAGCAGCGGAAGUCCGGUAUUAUGAAGAAGGUGCAGAACAUGCACUGGGACUUUGGUGCCAAAGCGGCCCUUUACUUGGAGCGGAACGGAGAGCUUUUCGUGUACCGCUCUCACGAGGACUUCGCAUGGAAAGAUGCUACAUUCUUCGCGACGCAAAUUCUGACCCCUGAGGACUUCAUUACCGUCGCUCAGGAGAGGAAUUCUAGACAGUCGCAGCGGUCUACCCCGUCCACGGCUGGGCAUGAUGCAUCGUCUACAGCUGAUCAAGAUACGCCGUCUGCAUCUGAGCAAGAAGCGUCGUUCACGGCUGAGCAAUACAAACCAGUCGGGCGGGAGACACCCUCACCGCAGAAGCCAGAUCCGACAUCAGGGAUUUUGGGAAGACUCGGUCGUUAUUUCUAA